AUGGUCAAAGACAAGAACACCGUGAUUGAGUAUGCACAGCCCCAUACAUCCAUCAUUGCCCGUGCUGAUUCGUUCAGGGAGUUCAACGACCUCGUCAACAUGACUCCUAACGAGCUCCGGGACUGGUUGAAAGAGGAACAAUCGCAGUCUUCCGGAUGGAGUAACGACUCGGGAGAGACAAUUGGACAUGAAAGUGGACGGAAAAUCGUCUCUAUCCUUGAACAUAAUCCAUCCAAAGACCCGUCCGGGUACGAUGAUCAGGACAUUGAUCAUAUGCGUCGCGUGGUCGCAUACUGUAAGCGACAUCUCGCGCAGGAGGAGAAAGCGAAACAGAACACAGAGAGUCGAAGCUACAAGUCCUUGAAGAACUGGGGUCAUGAUCCGUUGAAGACUUGA